GUAAAAUUCGCUUUGGACUGGUAGCACCGAAGGAACCAUGGUCGAACUCGAUCGCCUGCGUUGGUCCGAGAAGACUGACUUCUUCACCAUCUGUCUGGUCAGCUGCAUCAGUUUGGGAAAUCUCUUCCAAUUCCCGCUCAGCGUGUACAAGCAGGGAACCGGUGCUUUCCUGCUGGUGUACGUGUUUACAAUGGUCGUGGCCGGCACCCCUUUAUUCUUGCUGGAAGCACAGCUGGGUCAGUUCAGCUCCUGCGGCCCCCUGCACGUGUUCAGUUGUUUUCCUAUGGCUAGAGGACUAGGGCUGAGCAUGCUGCUAGUGGCCUUUGUGCGCGCCGUGUUGGGAUCCGUGUUGCUGGCACAGCUGGUGCUUUAUUGCUACAGUUCCUUCCAAAGCCGCAUUCCCUGGAUGGACUGUGACACCGCUUGGGGAGCAGAUAUAGAGACAUGCUUCGUUCGCUCCACUGGCAUCAAGCUGUGCUCAGCAGGACGUGAGACGAUACUACAAAACUACACUUCAGCAAAGGCAUCAUUUGGUGUUCCAUUGUUGAUCGACAACGUUACUUACAUCAUCAGUCAGGAAGCGUUUAUGACACAAAUGCACGGAUGCCUCGAAGCCGAGGAAUCAUCGCCCAGGCAAUUCUACUUUCGUCGGAUACUCGCACUGAGUAAAGAUAUCUCCGGCAUCACAGAGUUCAGCUAUGACCUGCUCAUCGCGUACGCCAUCAUCUGGUCACUGGUAUUCUUAAGCGUGAUCAAGAUCCGCUUCUGUGCUAGGUUCGUGUAUGCCUUCGCGCCGUCGGUGUACGUCGUUCUCCUUGUGAUCUGCUACUUUGCCCAGCGACAAGACCAUUCCUGGAGCGGCAUCACUUACAUGUUCAGUGUUGACACUUCACGCCUCACCGAUCCCACGGUUUGGCAUCGAGCUGUGUCCAGUAUGCUCACCUCUUUGGGUAUCGGCACAGGAUCAGUUUUCGUCUUUGCUAGCUUCAACGAAAUCAAUACGCCAGCAGUGCGCCGGGAUGUGGUGUACAUCGUGAUCCUUGACCUGCUGACGAGCCUUCUGGGUAGCUGCCUGCUUUUCCUGGUGAUGGGAAAUCUCUCCUACACGUCCCACGUUCCACUUGACACCUUUUUCUCUGGCGAGGGCGCUUCCCUGUUGUUUAUCAUGUCAAGCGAGGUGUUAGGGGCUCUUGAGUAUCCGCAGCUGUGGUCCGUCAUAUUUUACUUCACAAUCCUUUACAUCGGUAUUACCCACAUGAUGGCAGGGAUGUUGACGGUCAUUACUUGCGUGACGGAUGAGAUCCUCGUUCUGCGCCGGGCCGGACACUUUGUGACACUAGUCUUCUGCGUCUUUGGUUUUGUGGCCGGACUUCCCCUCUGUUCUGCGGCUGGCUACCAUGUGUACCAGCUGGUGUCACGAUUCGCCGUUGAGAUGCCUGUCCUCAUAUUAGCUUGCUUCGAGGUCGUGGCUCUGACUUGGGGAUACGGCAUCGACCGGCUUCUCUUCGACAUUGCCUUCAUGGACCGCUCGACGACCGAGUUGCGUGCUUACUGGGUCUUCUGCUGGAAAUACAUCUCGCCCAUUACCUUACUCACAGCCCUGGGAGGAACGGUACCAGCCUUCCAGAAGCACACCGAAGAACUCUUCCAGCUAAAUGUCAUAUUUACCCUCGUCGGUGCGGGUCUCCUGCUUGCUUCCCUUGUCUGGCUUCCUGUCUACUUGUUCGCCUGGCUCCUGGAAAACGGAUUCGACGUGACCAUGUCCCUGCUCCCGUGUUCCCACUGGGGACCCAGAGAGCCUCAGCAGUUCCGUGCCUACCACGAAGCCCUGAAGAACUCUGACCUGGCUGCCCAGAAGAGGGUCUAUCGCACCGAUCGCAAGGAGACUGUGGCUGAGCGUUUCACCCUGUACUUGGUACACCACAGCCCAAAGUACAUGGGCCGAUUCAUCAAGAAACGUGGUGAAACUGUUCAAGAGGCUCCCAAGGUGGUCAGAGCCCAGCCAAACUAUUUUCCCUGCGAGUAGGAAAAUUACUUCACAACUAAUUGUCUCCCUCACCUCAUCGCCACCGCAGUGUCUUAACGCCAAACUGCGCGCGUGUACUGCAUUCACUGUUCCACCCUUGUAGCAUCUACGAAAUAAAACGAUAACUAUAAAUUCUCA